UAAGUCACGUGGGGGUGACGCAGGAGCAGGAGGCGGAAGUGAAGCUUCAGGCCAAAAACAAACAGCAGCUGAGAUGACGACGGCGGCUCUGACUGCGGGUCUGGAGCGGAUCCCGGAUCAGCUCGGGUAUCUGGUCAUCAGUGAGGACGGGGUUCUGGCUUCUGCAGGAGAGCUGGAGAACGACGAGCACACUGCAGGUGCCAUAAUGCAGAUGGUUCGGACGGCUUGUCGCUUCAGGUUGUCUGGAUCAACAGAAGCUCCGUUCAAACGCAUGUCGGUGAUGCUGGAGGACUUUGUGUACGUGGUUACAAUUUCAGGUCAGAAAGUGUUUGUGGUUAAACGUCAGAACAACCAGCAUGAGCCCGUCAACGCGUAGCGGCGCCGGGUGGAGCCAGCGGGAUGAAGAUGGCGUCUUUUUGGAACUGUUUUCUAUGUUUCAGAUGUCUGUAUAAUAAACUGUUUGAACGUU